AUGUCAUCAGUUUCAAGAGGUAUUCCAACGCGUUGUGACAACUGGGGAAACGGUCAAAACAAAGGAAAUAUUUUAACAAGAGCAUUGAAAGAAUACAAUGCUAUGAAAGGCAGUUUCACGUAUUUGAGAUGUUGGGAGAUUUUACGAGGAAGUCCCAAAUGGUCAAACGUACCGACGAUGACGUCUAGCGGUAGACACGACGACGAGGAUUUGGAGUUGGAACGACCGCCAGGUAGAAGAAGUGACAAAAAUAAGGGAAAAAAAGAAUUUUCCUCUUCAUCUAAUCCCGAAAUAUUGAAGCAAGAUUUCGAAGAGAUGAAUCGGCGCCUUCAGGACAUUCGAGAUCUCGGUCAUAGGCGUUUACAAACUAUGGAGGAAAGAAACUCCGAAAACAAAAAGUUUGUCGCGCUACAAGAAUCGAGACAAAUGGAAAACCAUAUCGAAUUUUUGUCUAAACCCAUCGACCAUCUCACCGACGACGCGAUGAUCCUAUCCCAAAUGCGUCGGCAACAAAUCCGUCAAAAAUACGGACUCUAG